GUCUUGCUCUCAGCAGUCUGCCUUUCUGCAGGAGGCAGCUCGAGUUGCAGGAGUUGCCUUUCUGCACUGCCGGGGCCUGGGCUAGCGAGGUGCGAGUGGAGAAGGACGGCACAGGACUCUGGCAGGUGUGGAAGAGACAAAUCCAGCAGUUUAACAGAGUCAGCCCUGCAACAGCAGCAGCUAUAGCAGAAGCAUAUACCUGCCCAAGCCUCCUGUUAAAUUUUGCUUGGUUUUGUUUGAAACGGAUGAUGUCUCGGGUGGCUGCCAUUACAGUCCGCCAGCUCUACGCCACCCUCAAGCAGAAAACGUGUGUCACCCCUGCUGACUCUUUCUGCGGCUUUGCCUACGAAGAAUGCAGCACAGAAGAUGAAAAACUACUUCUGCUGAGUGACAUCCCAGUGAAAUCGGAUGUCAGCGGGAAAGACUGCUGUGUUGGGCCCGACUUAUCCCGCCGCAUCUAUGUCUUCAUGGUAUCCACUGAGCCUGACCUUGUCCUGGACCUGAGCACAGAGAGGGACCGUGGGCCCUGUCG